GUCGUCUGCUCACAUUUCUUUUAACGCUUCAGUGUUACUCCUCCUCCUACUCUACUAUUUACAGACAGCAAUGCGUGUGAAGUCCGUCUCAGGCUCUCUCUCUCUCUCUCCAUAUGUGGGCCUGAUCCCAUGAUAACCAGUUUACUUUAUUGUUUCUCCAUUUCCUGAUUGCUUCCCGUUGCAAUUUUAAUCACCAUUGACGCCCCUUUUGGAGCUUUCUCUUUGUACCAGUUCCAGAUCUACAUUAAUUAACUACUGUUCCUCCUUGCCUAUUCAUUUAGUAGUAUUUUGAACCCACCAACUAAGCUCUCUUGUUCUGAUAAAAAAAAAACUAAGCUCUCUUGUUCUCACUCGCUCGAAAUUAUUCUCCCUAAACACCAAAUCCACCGACAAAAAAAACCACGCUAAUCACCUCCUCCCACUCUCUCUCUCUCUCCAAAACCAUCGUCCAUUAAAAGUACUUUUUGGACCCUUAUCCUUGAACCCAUUAGGGUUCAUAUUAUAUAAUCCUCGGAAAGUGCAAAAUGCGUGGGUUAGUUUUCUCAAUUAUCCUGUGCUUCGCGGCGCACCUGAACUGCGGAGCUUCUGCAGCCGAAGUGGAGACCUGCUCCGGGAUAGUGAAAAUGAGGGACAGGAACGAUGAGAUAUCGAUAGCGGACUUUGGAGGGGUGGGUGACGGGGAAACGAUGAAUACGGCAGCGUUCAGGGAGGCGGUUUAUCGGAUAGAGCAUCUGAGGCGGAGAGGCGGCACGCUUUUGUACGUGCCUCCUGGGGUGUAUUUAACGGGGAGCUUUAAUCUCACUAGCCACAUGACUCUUUACUUGGCCAGUGGUGCUGUGAUCAAAGCUACUCAGGAUACAACAAAUUGGCCUUUGAUUGAUCCCCUGCCUUCAUAUGGACGAGGGAGGGAGCUUCCUGGAGGAAGAUACAUGAGCUUUAUCCAUGGAGAUGGGCUUCGUGAUGUGAUAAUUACAGGUGAAAAUGGGACUAUUGAUGGCCAGGGAGACAUCUGGUGGAACAUGUGGAGGCAGAGAACCCUUCAAUUCACCAGACCCAAUCUUAUUGAGUUCAUGAGCUCCCAGAACAUCAUCAUUUCCAACGUCGUUUUUAAGAACUCGCCCUUUUGGAAUAUUCACCCAGUCUAUUGCAGGAAUGUUGUUAUUCACCAUGUGACGAUAUUGGCUCCACCAGACUCUCCCAACACGGAUGGCAUUGAUCCGGAUUCAAGCAGCAACGUAUGCAUUGAGGACUCCUACAUUUCAACUGGAGAUGACCUUGUGGCAGUGAAGAGCGGGUGGGACGAGUACGGAAUCGCUUACAACCGGCCCAGCACUGACAUCACCAUCCGACGGAUAACUGGUUCUUCCCCUUUCUCCGGAAUUGCAGUCGGAAGUGAAACAUCAGGCGGAAUAGAAAACAUUUUAGCAGAGCACAUAAACCUUUCCAACAUGGGAGUCGGCAUCCACUUGAAAACAAACAUCGGCAGAGGCGGCUUCAUUAAAAACAUUACAGUCUCCGAUGUGUACAUGGAAAAUGUGCGGAAAGGGAUAAAGAUUGCGGGUGAUGUUGGUGACCACCCUGACGAUAAGUAUGACCUGAAUGCUCUUCCCGUGAUGAAAGAUGUCGCGAUUCGAAACGUGUGGGGGAAGAAGGUCCUGGAGGCGGGUUUGAUACGCGGGUUGAAGGAUUCCCCGUUCUCUGGGGUUUGUCUCACUAACAUUAGCCUUGCUGUCGUAGUAGGAGAGAGAACCCCUCCAUGGCAGUGCUCUGAUGUCAGUGGUGGUGCCAUGGACGUCAGCCCGUUGCCAUGUGCAGAAUUGUCCAGCACCAGUCAGAGUGGUGCGUGUUCCGUUCCUUCUUGAGAUAGGUAUGAUUUUAUAACAAUGUCCACUGAGUAAUGAAGACCCAGUUUUUCUCUCUACUAGAGAAAUGAACUAUAAAGUGGAGUAAUUGUUUUGAUC